AUGUCAUUUAAAACCAACAAUUUAUUUAUAUUGUUCUUUUUGGUUUUUGUUACCGCUGCCACCACCGUUAAAGCCCAAUUAGAGUUAAUUGUAGAUUUUACAUCAACAAUCUCUUAUGUCAACUACCAAUGUGGGGAUUCAGGUGUUUUUCCACCAUGCAAAUCGCUCUCUGAUGCUGGAGAAAGAGCUAGACUAUACAUUAAUGCCAUCAACACACCAACUAUCGAUCCAUCACUCACUAUAAAGUUAAGAAAUGGUGCCACUAAUCCAAUUAUCGCUGGUCCAAAUAAUGAAAUAGGAAAUCUUUUCGGUUUUUGUUCAGCUCAAAUAUUAGUUGAUUUACCAAGCGCCACCACCACUAUUUCAAUUGAUGGUUCAACCUCAAAUGGUCCAUUCAUCUCUUUAGAACAACCAACCAUCUCCAAUUCAAAUAUUCAAUGUUCUGCUGGUAUCUCAUUAACUGUCAAAUAUUUAAAGUUAGUAAACUGGGGUGAAAAUGAAGUUAUCUUUAUCAAUGUCGACCAAACUUACAAUGUAGCAACCAAUAAAGCUGUCACUUUACAAUAUGUUAGUAUACUAAACUCAAGCAAAGCAGUCAUCGUACAACCAAAAUACUCUACCAUGGACUAUGGGGCAGUUAAAGUUACACUUAACUAUUGCACCUUUGAAGACCUUUACUCAAGUACCUCAUCUCUUUUGCCACCAUUCUUUUUAAGAGGUGUCAUUUUAAAUUUAUCUAGAUGCACUAUUCAAAAUUCUAUUUUAACUUCAUCAGAGGUAUUAUUCAUUGAAUAUGGUUCAUUAACAAUUUCUUUUGGUUUCGCCAUUAUCAAUGUUCAUUUAGACUCUGAAUAUCCAAUUUUUUCAACUCUUAAUAUUGGCACAAAGGUUAUCAAUAAAUUCAGUACCACUAUAAAGUUGAGUGAUUCUUCAUUUUCAACUUAUAUGUACCAAAGAAAUACAAUAGAUUCACCAGAAAACCCAGCUGAACAAGUUUUUAGCUUUCUUAGCUUUGUCAAUUGCACCAUUCUUUCAAGUACAUUUGCCUCAAACAGUUUAUUUUUUUAUGAACAAGCAUUAAAUAAUCAACCAUUAGACCUCAAAUUCGAUGACUCCACUAACCAUUGGGAAGAUAAUACCAUCUCACCAGGAAAAGUUUUGGUUUAUCUCAAAAACAUAGCAUCUUAUAAAAUAGAUUACGUUACCGCAAACUCUGUUGCCUCAGAUGACUUUGAAUAUUUAAUUUCAUCACAAAACUCCGUUGCACAAUUAUCUUUUUCACAAAUUGCCUCCAACAAACCAUUAGUUGGAUCAGGUACCACAAUGCUUUUAUUUGAUUCGUUGAUCAAUUUCACACAACUUAAUUUGUGCCAAUCAUGUGUUGUUAUUGAUAAAAUCACCAACACCGUAGUAUUCGAUAACACAAUUUAA